ACAACGAGUGGGCACCUGUUGGAGAAUUCGCCGAAUUUUCCAUGGGUGCCAGUUGUGGACGGUGACUUCUUGAUUGAGGACACCGGAGACGUCGCUGAGACAAGACUUUUUCACAAAAACGGACUUCGUGCCGGACCGACCUACAUGGCUGAAGGGAAUCUUGGAUCUGCUACCACGACAGAUGGUAAGAACUACUCGGUUUUGAAAGCGAUACUGCAUGAGUAUGAGCCAACAAAGCGACCAGUUCGAGCACGUGAUUGGUUGGAUUCAAUGGAGAAGAUGCUUGGCGACUACCACUUUACUUGCAAUGUGAACGAGAUGGCUCUGGCCCACUCGAAGCAUGGUGGAGACACGUAUUACUACUACUUCACGCACAGAAAUGGAUGGGCUGCUUACAUGGUUAUGAGAUUAAUUUUGUUUUUCGGUGAACCUUUCAAUAAAAAGUUCAACUACUCCACUGAAGAGCAGGAGCUGAGCAGCCGAUUCAUGCGCUACUGGGCCAAUUUUGCCAGAACUGGUGAUCCAAAUAAAAACGAGGAUGGUACGUAUACAACGGAUGUUUGGCCCAAGUAUAAUGGUGAAUCUAUGGAAUACAUGAACAUGACUGUUGAAUCGGCGUAUCCAACUUCACAAAGAACUGGUCAUGGUCCACGACGGGAACAGUGCGCAUUUUGGAAGUCAUACCUGCCAAAUCUGAUGGCGAAAACUGAGGACGACGAUUGCUAA